AUGGAGAGUUUAGUACUAAAUAGGCCUUACAUAUCGAAUCCUUAUCAUCUAUGUCAUGGUCCUAUACCAAAUUAUCUAAUGAUUCCAAAUCCAUGUUUCCGAGAACCACAUUUUUCUCCAGAAACACAUAGCGUCUUGGAUUUAAGUUUAAAAACGUCUCCUGCUUUAACAUUGCGAAGCACGACAUCCACGACAGUCUCCAAAAAAAAUCGAGUUGAAGAAAAAAAUUUAUCGGAAUCAUAUGUGACAGAAAAUCAUGUGCCAUCAACCCAUUUGGAAAUACAAUCUAUAAAAAAUAAUGUUACUGAAUUAGUUAACAAAUGUACCAGUGAAUCGGAAAAUAUCAAGCCACGUGCUGCUGUUAAUAAAAAUAGCCAUAAAAGAAUAGAUGUUUUGAAUGCAGAUGCUAAAGAAAGCAAGGACGUAGAAAAAAAUACUGAAACGCAAGUAAAUAAAAUAACUUACAGAACAAAAAAGAGUAAAAUUCGUAAAACUUUAGUGGAUGAAGAUAAAACAUCUCCUGUAUCUGGAACCAUAAUUAGGGAUCUUAGGCAUGACGAAAUUCUUGUUGUUAGAAAGGGCGAUAUUGAUCCAGCUUUUAAUGUUGUAGAAGUAACUGACGAAGCUAAAGCUUUAUUAGCCAAGAUAGAAAAUAAAUUGGGUUCAUAUAUUUGCAAAUUAUGCCGAGCGUUAUAUGACGACGCAUUCCGCCUGGCACAACAUCGGUGUUCCAGAAUCGUUCACAUCGAGUAUCGUUGUCCAGAAUGCGACAAGGUGUUCAACUGUCCCGCGAAUCUUGCUUCGCACAGACGAUGGCAUAAACCACGUCCGACCACCAUAUCGUCUGUUACAGAAGAACAUCCUAAGAACCAAGAUGAAGGGAUAGUCAUAAGUAAUGAUAAAGAAACUACGGAUAAAGGUUACCAAUGCUCUAUUUGCGGAAAAUCGUUUCGAAGGCAAGCAUAUCUUAAAAAGCAUGAACAAAGUCACAAAGUAGAGAACGAUGCUCUACCUCAAGAUUGCCUGAAGAACAGUACGAAUGAAACAAAUACUCAUCCGUCAGCAUUUCAAUAUGUUGGCCAAACAUCACCGAGUUCACAAGAUCUUAAAAAUCGAUAUCCAAUGGCACCAGUUUAUACAAGGCCUGUGCAACCCCCUACACAUUAUGAUAUAUAUAAUAACUUAUUAUCACAUGAGAAUAUAAGGGCUUAUAACUUUAAUGCUUGGUCUCUGGAUAAUGCUGAAACCGAUAAGAAUGUAGAAGAAAGCUCUGUUCAUUCUGAUAAUAAAAUUAUUAUAGAUAACGAUCGCCAAGAAUCGUCAGCAAGUGAUUCAUUAACAAACUGA